GGCAGUGCGACUGUCACCUUGCAGCUGCAGCCUCCGGUGGACUUCCGUGUGCUCGGCUCCGAACCGAGCCUGGCGCCCAUCAAAGCCACGGGCAGCUCCUGGGGCGAAGCAGUGACCUUGGCUCUGGACGAGGAUGCAAUCUUGCUGGCCAAUGCCGAGUACUUUCUGCACCUCACGGUGGAGGCCCGCGUCCCUGCCAGCCGGACAGCCUGGGAGGUGAACAUUCUGGAUGGCCCCGUUACCCCAUUCCAGGCAGACUCCAGCGACCGCUCCAUCGGGGUGCUGGCAACGGGGGCGCUGACUGCCACAUUGGCCACGCGGGCGCUGCAUGCUAGUGCGGCGAGUCUGCUCACUGUGUACUUCCGGCCGCAGAUGCAGACCUCCUUCCGCUACCUGGCCUUGACAGCGCCGCAGGGCUACGACUUCAGCGAUGCUUUGAGCCCAGGCACGUGCACUCUCACUGUGUUGCUGUCGCUGCCAAGCUACUGCCAGUGCUUGGUGGGCUUUGCACCGCAUUCUGCGAGGAUUGUGCUGCCACCAUUUUCACGGCUGCAGUCACAGGAGUUUGGCUUUGCGAUCAGCGCUCAGCUCCCGAGCUUUGCACUGGCAUGGAUUGAGGAGACCACUGGACACGCAUUCUUUGCAUUGGAGACUCAGACGGACGAUGAGGAGCCUAUUGACAAGCGGCAGCUCUCGCUUGCGACACGUAUUUUCCCCCACACCUGUGCCCAAGCUUCCGCCAGUGUGGUGUCAUUAGUGCCCAGCCAAAUUUCUACAGCCACGGUCAGGUUUCAGCCCGUGGCUGAUCAUUCAUACUUUUCGCUUACUGGCUUUUUCCUGUACAUUAAUGCACCUGUCGGGUAUGCCUGGGUGACUCCACUCACCUCCUGGACGGCAACUAUCCAGAGUGCAGCUGGCUUGUCUCCAGCAUCGGAACUUCUGCCGGCCGGCAUCUGCACAGGUGAAGCGAAUGUGCUCUGUCUGAAUGCAACGUUCAUGGUGCUUGCUUCGGAGGUGGUGACACUGACUGCUGACAUCCGCAUCCCAGAUCAAAACCCAGACGUCCCUCAAGACGGCAGGCUGCCAAAUCUAGUGGUUUGGCAGCUCUUGUUUUCGUUGGCGCCAAGUGGCACAUCCAUCCUGCCGCAAGACCGCUGGAUGGGCUGCGAGGCAGCCUUUGCUGCCCCGAACCGCGUGCGGCGCAUCUUCUCUGCUGCAGUGGAGGCCUCGAACGCGGUGGUCUCGGCGGAGAAUGACAUCACAUUCUCCAUUACCACCGUCACCGAAGUGCCCGUGGGUGGGGCCAUUGUCGUGUUGGCGCCUUCGGAUGUGUUUGCCUUCCCCGAGCCCUGCGAGCUGGCGGUGCCUGACGCGCGUGCCACCGACAUCUACGGCCUGCUGCUGCCGGACUCCGCCGGGGCAGCGUGCCGCUCUGCAGCGGCCCUGCCGUACCGCGCAGCCGUGGCUUUGCGCUUCGGGGCUCUCCCUCCCAACGCCUACCUUUUCACCAUCCUGCGCGUGAGAAAUCUGCAGACCAUCAGCGCUGUCGCCGUGCAGUGGCAGGUCUACACCAUUGGAGCUGAAUCUGACAUCGAUGCUGCGGUGCCACCGCUGGACGCAGCGCAGAGCUUCGAAGGCUUCUCUGUGCUCGUGGCCCUGACGGCCUUCAUCGACACGGAGCUGCUGGACCCAACCGCGGCCAAGUUCACUAAGGGCCGCGGGGAGCUGAACCAGGUGGUGAUUUACUUCGAGCAGGCCCUCGCCUCUGUUGCUGGGCAGACCUUGAGCGUGUCCAUUCCAGAGGGCUUCCGGCUGCCCUGGCGGGAUUCGGAGGACUGCACGUCCGUCGACGCUCGGCUGGGCGUCGCCCCGGUCAACCUCGCGGACCCCUUCGGCCGCGGCAACUUCGACCCUGCCCGCUUCGCCUUUUUCCCGGGCAACACGAAGGUGGCGUGCGCCAGCUCGCCGGACGGCACCACAGCCUACCUCACGGUGUCCGAGGCCCUGGUGGAGAUCUCCCGUUUCUACGUGUUUCGGCUGGUGGUGCAGAACGCGGACCGGAGCCCGGUGAGCAACUUCUGGCGCCUGGAGUUUGGACCGCAGGCAUCUCUGCCCAUCCCAGGCUUCACCAUGCAGGCUUUCCAGCAGCUGGCCGUUUCUGCCGCUUUUGCCGGCGCCGCGCAGCGUGUGGGCCAGGCGCCGCCCAAUUUGUUGGAGCUCCGAUUCCAGCCCUCCGUGCCGGUGCCCUCGGGGGGCGCUCUACAGCUAAUCCCUCCGCUGGGCUUUGAGCUGAUCGCAUCGGUGCCGCGUACCUCCCGUGGGGUUUUGGUCAAGGCAGGGGCUCGGUGCCUGGACUCCUCGCCCGUUUUCAUCGGUGCGGGGUACUCCUUCGAGCAGUGCCAGGCCGCGUGCGCCCAGCGCGGUGCCGAGUUCUUCAGCUUUGGCAUCGGCGACCGCUCCGGGGAGUGCGUCCAAGAAACUUCGCUGGACGGAAGCGAGCCCUGCCAGCAAUUCAUUGCAGAUGAAACCUCCAGCGUGUACCAGAUCACGCCCACGGGAAAUUGCUUCCGAUUCGUGCUGGAUGAAGAUGGAACUCUGCGUUCGGACGUGGACUGCAGCCUGCAGAGGAAGCAGACGAUGAGUUUGCCGGGCCAGGCGCUGGUUACUGACCCGACAGUCAUGACCACUGUGGCGAUUUUCGGCCUGGCGGUGGAUUCGACGCCUUUGGCGUCCACCAAGGUCUACACUGCUCGCAUUGCAGUGCGGAACCCCCAGGCGGCGGAGCAAAACCUCUGGACGCUGCAGAGCUUCUCGCAGACUCUGCUGGUGGAUGCUGCCCUGCUGGAGGACGGCACUGCGGACGGCUUUGCCCUGGAGCCAGGCUUGGACCGCCUGGAGCUGGUGGCGCUCCCGGAGCUCGAGAAGCACCGGGCAGGGGCGCAGGUGGACCUGUCCUUCGCCUGGGCGCCCUCUGAGCAGCUGAUACCCAGCGACGUGAUCCAAGUGGAGCUGCCCUCCUGGCUGAACGCCUCUGUCUGCGGAUCGUUGGCCUCGGAGAGUCCGGGCCUGGCGACGGAGGACUGCAGCGCGGGGUCGGGGACAUUGCGCUUCAGCCUCAGUGGCGCCCUGGCGGAGGGCCAGCGCAUGGAUUUCCGGAUGACUGUGCAGAACCCCAGCGCCCAGCAGCUGACCUCCCUCCCCCGAGGAGAACUCUCGCUGGUGCGGGUGUCCCACAUGCGGCCAGUAACCUCGGCAGCCGGGGAGACGCUGCUGGCGCUGGCGAGCUCGGGGGCGACCUCCCACGCAGUGCAGCUGCCCAUGCCGCUCUUGGAGGUUCGCCAGGCGUCCCCUCCGUUUGCAGUGGCUGGGCACUUUCCGACGCGACUGGAGCUGGACUUCCGGCUGGCCUCCAGCGGCGCGGACCAGCUCUGGGUGGACACAUCCGGCGCAAACCCCAUGGACUUCACCCAGGCUCAGUGCAACGUGGCGGCGGAGGGGCAAGACACCGCCGCUCUCUUCGGCAGCAUCUCGUGCUACCCGGGAGGGCAGCUCGACUUGGAGGUGCGCAGCCAGCUGACGACGGUGCUGUCGCAGCUGCGGGUGGAGUUCGCCACUUUCGAGGCCCAGCGCCUCUACACCCUGAAGGUAGAUGGUCUGCGCCUGGGCUUUGUGGCUGAAGCUGCCGCCCUCACCGUGGCCAGCAGCACGGCCAGCAGCAGUGCAAAUGCAGAGGACUUUGGGCAGGCGUUCCUCUUGGACCGCAGCUCCCUGUCGCUGCGCUUGGCCGGGCUGCUGGAGUUGAAGCCGCCUGGCGCUGGGUCCUUUGCCUCCUUGUCCGAAGGGGCCAUGUUCGACACCACCUUCUUCCUGGCCGCGGAUGGGCAACAUUUCCUGACGAUGGCCUUUGUGCUGCAGGCCGCUGUGCUGGGCUCGGAGCGCCUGAUUGUUUAUCCAGCCACCGGGGUUUCUGUGAGCUCCAGUGCCGAUUUUGGACUUGCAGCGGAGGACGUCAGCUUCAGCACUCGUCUCAGGGAGCUGCAUGCAGAUGACGAUGUGUUCCAGGUCUAUGCGCAGAGCGGGUCACCUGCGCAAUUCAGCCAGCGUUUGGAUGUGGUUUUCCUCGGGUCUGGCACUGCGUUGCCAAGCGGCUUGCCUCUCUCGCUGCGCCUGCCGUGUCGGGUAUGGUCGGUGGCGGCGGGCAACGGAUGGCUUUUGCUCACAAGCCUUGCCGAGAAUUGGGGCCAGCUGGGAAGCAUUACAAACACGAACGUGGAAGACUGGCCCGAGGGAAUGCAGCUCAUUCCGGCUUUCGACCCUCGAGCGAGCAUGGUGACAGCCUCGAACAUGGGCGCCUCCGCUCUGAUCCUGGUGACGCUCGUCUUCACACCAACGCAGGCAGUAGCCAAGGACAGCUACCUUCGUGUGUCUGCGCCUGAACUGUUCCUGUGGCGGGGGGAUUGCUUGGCAGCCAGCAGCCCAUCAGGCCUCUUCCUAGACGAGUGCUGGCGCGACCCUGCAGCACCACACGUGGUGCUCCUGCCGCUAGCGCUGGCGCUGCACCCGGGCCUCGCCUACGAGGUCUGGAUGGAGGCGCUGACGCCACCGGAGCUGAGGCCGCCGAACCGCUGGGGGGUAGCCACCCUGUCGCUGCCGUCCGGGCUGGAGCAGCACCGGGCCGUGGUGCCAUCUCAGGUGGCAAGGCUGCGGGGCUUCGAGCUAGUUGGCUUGCAGGCGCGCCUGGAGCCUCUGGCGGACGAGGGUGGAGUUACCGGCGUUACCGGCCUCCCUUUCCUCCUCUCCUUCCACGCCGCGGGAGCUGCGCCUUUCGCGGCGCUGAAGCUCACCGCGCCCCCCGCGGUGUCGCUGCACUGCGCAGAGCGGACGGCCGAGUUGGACUGGCGGCUGCUGGCCACGCUGCAGAGGGCCAGCCUGGCGAGGUGCCAGCCUUUUGUGGAGAACGCCUUGAGUGGGCUUUGGUUGGACCUGGGCGCGCCCAUCUCCAGCGAAUGGUUGGCUGUUCCACUGAGGGCUCAGUCCAGCAAGCACUUGGGAAAGCCUGACGGCUUUUGGUCCCUGGAGAUCCUCGCCGACGGCGUCAAGGUGGCCUCCAACCUCAUCGUGCGCAGCCACCCGGAGACGCUUCGCGCAGUGCCUGCAGUGCCAUCUCCGGCGCCCCUGCAGGCUUUCGAUUGCGGCCACCCCUUUUGCGCUGCUCUCGCCAGCGCUGGCGGUGCCAGCUCUGUUGCCGGCCUGUGGAUGGGUGCGACUGCGGCUGUGGACGUAGCCCUGUCCCUGUCACGGAUCCUGGCGCCGGCCAGCGGCGGCCUGGCGGCGCGGCGCUUCGCCAACUCCUUCAGCCACGGUUUCCCGGCCGCACGGAUCUUCUCCAACUUUGUGGAGCUCGCCGCGCCGCAGCCGCUGCGCUGGGAGGACUGUGCUGUGGCGAACACCUCGCAUUGGUCCACGGCCUCCUGGCGGGCCGUUUGCUUCGGGAGCAGCGCCUUCAUCUUCACUUUGGGCUAUUCUAGCGCUCCCUCUCUGCCCCUCAGGGAGGUGAUCACUCUCCGGGGGCUUGCUCUCCAGGAGGGGAGGCUGACACUGCCACGAUCGUCUGCAUGGGUGGCGUCUUGGUACGAGGGUGGCGACCUCGUUGAGCAGGCGGUGCUGGAAAGUUUUCCUUCGGAAAGCGUCUUGCGGAUGGACCUGGCCGAAGGCGCGCAGGACAAUGAUGCCAACGGGACCGACAACCAGAGCACUGUUGCGGAGAACAGGUCCGAGGUUGUUCUGCUGCAGCAAGAUCGUGCAGACGCGGAGGAGUGUGCCAGUGAGGAGGAGGAGCUGUUAGCAUGCCCGGAGGGCAUGUUUGCGUACGGGCUGGUUUCCAUCAAACUCGGUGGCGACUCCUUCCUGGAUGGCCUGCAGCUCCUGUGCAGGGAGGAGCUGGAUGUGGGCACUGACCACGUGCAGUGGCAGGUGCUGCUGGGCUCCAGCGCCCUGUCGGGCAACCGGCCCUUCCAGUCCGAGGAGCAGCGCCUGGCCUGCGACGCCGCGGCCUCGGGCCUGCUGGUCGGCCUGCGCCCGCGGGGCGCCGAGUGGCUCGCGGGCCUGAGCGUGGCAUGCCAGCCCUGGGCGGCGGUGGAGCGCGACGAGGCCUGGGAGGAGGCAGGCGAGGAGCUGGGCGGCGGCCGCAGCGUCUCCAACUGCACCGGCUUGGUGCCGAUCAACGGCUCCGAGCUCUGGGCAAAUUGCCAGGGCAUCCCUGAGCUGAAGCCUUGCCCAGAUCCGGAGAAGUGCUGCUGCAACGAGAACUUUCAGUACAGCGAGCUGACCCAGCUCUGCGAGGCCUGCGAUUUGGCGGCGGCUGCCUCCGAGCCGAUGCGGCUUUGCCCGCUGGGCAUGGCCGUGAUCGGCGCGGAUGUGGGCGCCGUGCGAGAGGACGAAUGGCCUCCAGAGCUGCGCACGUCGAGGGUUUGCUCCCUGCGCUUGCGCUGCGGCUUGCUGCACCUCCGGCACUGGGCAGGCUCUGCAGAGGCCACGCAAGUCGCCUCCUGGCAGCCGCAGGUGCAGCAGGAGGACCUUGCGCUGCCAGGUUUCGCAGAGCUGGGGCUUGAGUGGUGGCAUUAUGCAGCGGCGGGCGGAGGGCUCCUGGUAAUCUUGUACUGCCUCUACCGCGGGUGUUGCGCCUCCCAGUCUGCCAACGUCUACGGCGACACCCAAGCCAGUGAUCGAAAGUCUAUCUUCAGCCGCCUGAAGCCGUCCGCCGUGCUGCCAAUGAUCUACCGGCCGCUGGUGUCGUUGCUCUCUCGGCUUUUGGAGCCGCUGUGGCGCCGUUUGCUGCGGCCUGUGCUGGUUUGGGUGGCGCAAACUCGCGCGGCCCGGGCCAGCUGGGGCCUGGCCAAGCGCGUGGGGUCGUGUGCCUGGCAGCGCCUGACACGGUGGUUCCCCUGCCUGCGGCGCCUCGAGAGGAUUUCCUUGGCGAAGGCUUGGCAGACGCUGCGGGAUCCCAUGGGUGCCAGCCAGGCCACACGACAGAAGGUGGUCCGGCGCUGGGAGAUCCGGCGGCAGAUCCUAGCCGGCACUUUCUCGGCACAACAGGCCAAGGAGGACCUGGUGAACCAACUGAAGCGCGGGGAGAUCAACGAGCAGGAGUUGGCAGCCCGACAGAAGGAGAUCGAUGAGCUGGUGGCGCAGGCCGCGUCGCUGAGGGCGAGGAGGUCAAUGAAAGAUCGGCUGAGCACCUCGAGGGACGUCUUUCGGACCAAGUCCCUGGGUGCUCUCAGCUCCUUCCGCAAGUCCGGCACCUCGCUGUCGGAGCAUCGGGGCAGGGGCUGCUGCUGUUGCCGCAGGCCCCCGGACGAUAUGGAUGACUGGCCGAAUGAAGAGGUGGAGCAGGACGUGCAGGAGACUCAAGCGACUGAGCAACCAAAGGCCGAGGAUGAUGACGAGUGGGAGUAUUUUUGGGAAGAGGAUGAAGAAGAGGAGGGCUUUGAGGAUGAUGUGGAAGUGGAUGCCAGCCUCUCGCAAACGGAUGUCUUGGGGCCCUUGCCCUCCGUGCACCCCCAAGAAACCGCAGGCAGCUCAAAAAUGUCUAGGGUAUAGACGCAGCCGCCCAUAAGCUACAAGCGUUGAGGCCGCGAGCAUCUGGAGAACUGCGGCCCUUUUCCUGCAAUGGUGGAUCACCGCUCUCUGAUGUGCCCGUUCGGGCUUGGAGAGGACCUACGCCAUUGACAGGAGCUGAAUGCCAAGCUGAAUGCCAAGCUGAAUGCCAAGCUGAAUGCCAAAAUCUUAUCUCCGCGGCCUAUGAGGACGCUUGCCGUGAAUCUGGCCUCCUUUGACUGGCCAUGCGACUGUGAUGCAGAUUCUAAUGGGGUGAUCGGGGGAUGCGCGGCGGGGCGACGUGUGAUACCCACUUUUGAGUGUUGCCGGGCCCGGGGGUGGUGGGACAAAGCUUUUCACUGCGCCCUUGGGCAGCCUGUCUGAACUGAUGGAGAGGGCAAAAGCAAAAGCAACCAGUUUUGCAGUUUUAAGUACAUGACUGAAGAGUAGAAUGCACAAGCUCUGCAAUGCACCGGUAAAUCAAUGCCGUGCAUGUACUGAUCGAAGUUGUAGACGCAAGAUGUGCUGUGACCAAGGAUGUUUUUCUUUGUGUGUUGGCA